AUGCCAGGUUAUACGAAUGAUCAUUCUCCCUCGGUCCUGAAGACAUACACGUGGCGAGAUGCCAAUAAUUCAGCCGCUUAUCUUCUGCCUUAUCUACGGCCACAGAUGAGCAUCCUUGAUGUUGGCUGCGGCCCAGGCUCUAUCACAAUCGACCUGGCACGGAAAGUUCCCCAGGGCCACGUGGUGGGCGUGGAAUAUGUGUCCGAUCCACUAGAAGGAGCACGGUCGCUUGCUAGCUCCGAAGGGGUGACAAAUGUCAAAUUUCAAGUCGGUGACAUACACGAUCUACCGUUUCCUGACAACUCCUUUGAUGUUGUUCAUGCACACCAGGUUCUGCAACACAUUGCCGAUCCAGUCCAGGCAUUCAAGGAGAUGCGGCGUGUUGCAAAACAAGGAGGCAUAGUCGCAGUACAAGAGACUAUCACUUCGACCAUAUGGCCCAAUUCAGAGGGCCUGGCAGCUUGGAGCGAUCUUCAAGACCGUAUGCGACAGGAUAAGGGCAAUUAUGCAAAAGCAGGAGUUCAAUUGCAUGUAUGGGCAAGGGAGGCUGGCUUUGCCGUGGAAAAUAUGAAGAAGAGUACUGGGUCAUGGUGUUUCAGCAGCCCCGAUGAACGAGAGUAUUGGGGCGGUGCAAUGGAAGCAAGAGUUCGUUCCUCUGGUCUUGCAGCGACCGCGGUUCGUGAAGGACUUGUCAGCGAAAUUGACUUAGAGCAGAUGGCAACAGCGUGGAGGACCUGGGUGGAGAAUGAGGAUGGGUGGCUUGGAUUUUUACACGGGCAGAUUCUCUGCUGGGCGUGA